AUGGCGUUCAAGCAGAGGAGACGUGCUGGAGGUUGUCGUACCAACCCGACGACACUGGUGGCAGGCCAGGGAAACUGCCCUGCUCUGCAGCCUGCGCCCGGGCUCAUUCCCUCUGCCAGCAUGCUGAAAAGUAAACUGAAGGAACAUUGGUGGUGUCAGCCAUUACAGGGUCAUACCUGCAUCAGACCCUAUUCUGUUCCAGAGGACGAUCGAACACACGCUGAAGACAAACACACAGUCGCAGAGCUGGAAGAAAUACACUUUGAUGAAGCCGACUCUGAUAUUACUGAUGGAAUCUACCUGGCUGGUUUCCGGCGGAGUUUCCGUCUCUGGCAGAGAACGUCCUUCAGGAAGAGACGGCAGUCAUGCACCUCGUGCACGCCCAGCAGCGGCACCCUGUCCACUCCGUACGAGGAGGUGGUUCUGUACCAGCGCCCCCCGCAGGAGACCCACCGCCUCAUCAUCCUCGUCGGUGCUGCGAAAGUUGGAAUUAACGAACUGAGGAAAAGACUGAUCAAACUGAACCCUUCGACCUUCCAGGGACCCGUACCUCACACCUCUCGUCCAAUCAGAGCAGGGGAGCAGACGGAAAGAGAGUACCACUUUGUCACCAAAGAGCUGUUUGAGUACAUGGUCUGUAACCACAGGUUUGUGGAGUACGGGGAGUAUAAGGGCCACCUGUACGGGACCAGCACCGAUGCUAUUGACGAGGUGCUGAAACGAGGACGGAUGUGCAUCAUCGAUGUUGAACCACAUAGCAUCCAGUCGCAGACGAAGAAACUGAAGCCCUACGUGAUCUUCAUCAAAGCUCCGAGUCCGGACAGACUGAGACAAACCCGGAGAGACGCCCGAACCAUCACCAACUGCACCGUCAACAGAGCAUUCACAGAGGAAGACUUUGUGGAGCUGGAGGAGGCGUCCCGGCUGAUGGAGGCCAAGUACAAACAGCUGUUUGAUAGCGUGCUGGUGAACGACGACCUGCAGGACGCCUGCAUGCAGCUCUGCUCCAUCAUCCAGGCAGCGCAGCAUGAACCGCAGUGGAUCCCCGUCAGCUGGAGCCAGACGGACGAGUAACGAGAGGAAGGAGAGGAAGGGAAGGAGAGGAAGAGAAGGAGAGGAAGGGAGGAGGAUAUCAAGACUACAAUUGAGAAUAUGUGUUGGAUGAAAUGGGACAAUACUAAUAACUAAUAAAGGCUGACUGAUCAAACUC